AUGAUUGCUCACAAACAGAAAAAGACAAAGAAAAAACGUGUUUUGUCAUCAGGCCAACUCUCUACCGAUGUUACAGCUCCUGAAAUGGGGCUCAAGUCCAUAAGUUCCAAUUCCAUUUUUGAUCCGGAUUACAUCAAGGAGUUGGUGAAUGAUAUCAGGAAGUUCUCGCAUAUGUUACUAUAUUUGAAAGAAGCUAUUCUUUCAGAUUGCUUUAAAGAAGUCAUUCAUAUACGUCUGGAUGAACUCCUCCGUGUUUUAAAAUCUGUAAUGAAUAAACAUCAGAACCUCAAUUCUGUUGAUCUUCAAAAUGCUGCAGAAAUGCUUACUGCAAAAGUAAAAGCUGUGAACUUCACAGAAGUUAAUGAAGAAAAUAAAAACGAUCUCUUCAAAGAAGUAUUUUCUUCCAUUGAAACCUUGGCCUUUACCUUUGGGAAUAUCCUGACAAACUUCCUUAUGGGAGAUGUAGGCAAUGAUUCAUUAUUGCGGCUGCCUGUUUCUCGGGAAAGCAAGUCUUUUGAAAAUGUUUCUGUGGAAUCGGUGGACUCAUCUAAUGAAAAAGGAAAUUUUUCUCCCAUAGAGCUAGACAGCGUGCUAUUAAAGAACACUGAUUCUGUAGAAUUGGCUUUGUCUUAUGCUAAAACGUGGUCAAAAUAUACCAAGAACAUAGUUUCAUGGGUUGAGAAGAAGCUUAACUUGGAGUUGGAGUCCACUAGAAAUAUUGUCAAGUUGGCAGAGGCAACUAGAAGUAACAUUGGAAUGCAGGAGUUUAUGCCAUUGCAGUCUCUAUUUACCAGUGCUCUUCUUAGUGAUAUCAAAAACAGUCACCUUUUGCAACAAACAAUCGCAGCACUCCAAGCCAACAAAUUUGUGCAGCCUCUACUUGGGAGGAAAAAUGAAAUGGAAAAACAAAGGAAAGAAAUAAAAGAACUUUGGAAACAGGAACAAAACAAAAUGCUUGAAACAGAGACUGCUCUUAAAAAGGCAAAACUGUUAUGCAUGCAACGUCAGGAUGAGUACGAAAAAGCAAAAUCUUCCAUGUUUCGUGCAGAAGAGGAGCAUCUGUGCUCAAGUGGUGGAGUAGUCAAAAAUCUCAACAAGCAGCUAGAAAAAAAGCGAAGGUUGGAAGAGGAGGCUCUUCAAAAAGUAGAAGAAGCAAAUGAACUCUACAAAGUUUGUGUGACAAAUGUUGAAGAGAGACGAAAUGAUCUAGAAAAUACCAAAAGAGAAAUUUUAACACAACUCCAGAAACUUGUUUUUCAGUGUGAUCUUACCCUUAAAGCUGUAACAGUUAACCUCUUCCAGAUGCAACACCUACAGGCAGCCUCCCUUGCAAGCAAUUUACAGUCUCUCUGUGAUAGCGCCAAACUCUAUGACCCAGGCCAGGAGUACAGUGAGUUUGUCAAGGCCACAAAUUCAACUGAAGAAGAAAAAGUUGAUGGGAAUGUAAAUAAGCAGUUAACAAAUAGUCUUCACACUUCUGGAUAUGGACCCAGCGACUCGUUAGAAGAUGUAGUGCGCCUUGCUGACCCCUCUAGUAAGAUUGAAGAGGACAGAUGCUCCAAUAGUGCUGAUGUAACAGGUCCUUCUUUUAUAAGGUCAUGGACAUUUGGGAUGUUUAGUGACUCUGAGAGCACUGGUGGAAGCAGUGAAUCUAGAUCUCUGGAUUCUGAAUCUAUAAGUCCAGGAGACUUUCAUCGAAAACUUCCACGAACUCCAUCCAGUGGAACCAUGUCUUCUGCUGAUGAUUUAGAUGAGAGAGAGCCACCUUCCCCUUCAGAAGCUGGACCCAACUCCCUUGGAACAUUUAAGAAAACAUUGAUGUCAAAGGCAGCUCUCACUCACAAGUUUCGAAAAUUAAGGUCCCCCACAAAAUGUAGGGAUUGUGAAGGCAUUGUAGUAUUCCAAGGUGUUGAAUGUGAAGAGUGUCUCCUUGUUUGUCACCGAAAGUGUUUGGAAAAUUUAGUCAUCAUUUGUGGUCAUCAGAAACUUCCAGGGAAAAUACACUUAUUUGGAGCAGAAUUCACACAAGUUGCAAAAAAGGAAUCAGAUGGCAUCCCAUUUAUACUCAAAAUAUGUGCUUCAGAGAUUGAACACAGAGCUUUGUGUCUACAGGGAAUUUAUCGUGUAUGUGGAAACAAAAUAAAAACUGAAAAACUGUGUCAAGCCUUGGAAAAUGGAAUGCACUUGGUAGACAUUUCAGAAUUUAGUUCACAUGACAUCUGUGACGUCUUGAAAUUAUACCUUCGACAGCUCCCAGAACCAUUCAUUUUAUUCAGAUUGUACAAAGAAUUUAUAGACCUUGCAAAAGAGAUCCAACAUGUAAAUGAAGAACAGGAGUCAAAAAAGGAUAACUCCGAGGACAAAAAAUGGCCGAGUAUAUGUAUAGAAAUAAACCGAAUUCUUAUAAAAAGCAAGGACCUCCUAAGACAACUGCCAGUGUCAAAUUUUAACAGUCUUCAUUACCUCAUAGUUCAUCUUAAGCGAGUCGUGGAUCAUGCAGAAGAAAACAAAAUGAACUCCAAAAAUUUGGGGGUGAUAUUUGGCCCAAGUCUCAUUAGGCCAAGGCCCACAACAGCACCUGUCACCAUCUCCUCUCUUGCUGAAUACUCAAAUCAAGCACGGUUGGUAGAGUUCCUCAUUACUUACUCACAGAAGAUCUUCGAUGGGUCCCUGCAGCCACAAGAUGUAGUUGUGUGUAGUAUAGGUGGUGUUGCAUCUCCUGUUGAUCAAGGCUGUCUUCCAAAGCCUCUAUUGUCACCAGAAGAAAGAGACCCAGAACAUUCUAUGAAGUCACUGUUUUUCUCUUCAAAGGAAGAUAUGCAUACUGUGGGUAGUGAAACCAAAAGUUUUGAGCCAGCUACAUCAUUUGAGGAAUCAGAACGAAAGCAAAACGCAUUAGAAAAAUGUGAUGCAUGUCUCACCGACAACAAAGUGGGUUUGCUUAUAGACCUAGAGCUUGAAUCAGCAUCACAGAAGAUGGAUGAUGUUUGUAAAACCUCCAAGCCACUUAAUCUGAAAUCAGAUAGGGAAGCAAACAGUGUUGAAAGGCAUGCUCCAAGGACCAAGAUGAGACCUGUAAGUUUGCCUGUAGAUAAACUACUUCUUCUGGCAAGCCCUCCAAAUGAGAGAAAUGGCAGAAAUAUGGGGACUGUAAAUUCCGACAAGUUUUGCAAGAAUCCUACCUUUGAAGGAGUUAGUAAGAAAGAUACUCCUUCUGUUGGUUGUUCCAAAUUGGAUGGCUCUGAGCAGUCAACUCUACAAAGCCCUUGGGAGCAACAAUGGGAACAAAAUGGCCUAACUGUAAAGACUGCAGUGACUGUGCCCAGUGCACUCCAGGACAGAGGACUGACAACGAGCCCCAGGAUCACUGGGGGCCACCCAGUCAGUGCCGCCCAGCCCAGUAAGCCAUACUCAGAACCAGUGAGGCCAGCGAGACAGGUGUCUGGGAGACGGUCCUCUGAUUCCUGUCCUCCUGCUCCUGUCCGAGCGCCCAGAACACUGCAGCCGCAGCAUUGGACAACAUUUUAUAAACCACGUGCUCCCAUGGGUGGUGUGAAAGGGGAUGAAGAGAAAGCUGCAGCACCCUCCCCAGCACCGCCUCCCAGCACAACUCCCACCCCCCAGGGGCACGCGCUAAGAACAGUGCCAGACUCUGAAAACGCUCCUGCUGCCCCCACACAGCCCACCAGGAAGCCUAAAGAGAGCCCUGAGGAGCGGAACUUGCCUGAUGUGCCGCCAGCGUGUCAGAGACCAAGGCUAAAACGAAUGCAACAAUUCGAAGACCUUGAAGAUGAAAUCCCACAGUUUGUGUAG